ACAGAGUGACGUACACAGCGCUGGGAGAAGCAAACACACGUGGGUUCAGAAGUUUAGUACAGUAAUGUGCGUUUAGUCCGUUUAAUUAGAAAAUAUGCCGAAGAGAGCGAAGGCCGCGUCAGAAGAAACCCCCGCGUCUGAAGCAGGACCAGAUGAACCGCAGGACGAGGAGCCUCCGAUGGAGACCAGACGGACCCGCAGCGGCCGCAGAGUGAGAACUCCUGCCGCGCUGCUGGACUCUGAAGCCCCGGUGAGGACUCCCAGCCGGAGGACCAGAAGGUCUGUUAUCCAGGAGCUGCCGGCGCAGGAGGAAGAGCAACACACGGAGGAAUCAGAGCAAAAACCUGAGAUUGUGGCGGAGGAGACGUCCAACACGGAACCGGAGCCGGGCGCCGUGUCGGAGCCCGCAGAGCCGCAGACUGAGGCUGCAGCGGCGGGUACAGACGAAGCUAACGGCGGCGGAGACGGUCCUCUGUCCGGGCUUGCACCGGCAGAAACUGCGCCCACGAGUUUAGAGACCGUCCCGAAGAAGAAAGCUCGUGUGGCUCCCAGUGGGAAACAGAGUCCAGUCAUUCCUCUGGGAAAACCCAAGUCAGGAAGAGUGUGGAAGAACCGCAACAAGCAGAGGUUCUCUGCGGUGGUGAGGGACAAACCGUUGUGCACCUCUUGGGAGAAGAAGAUGGUGGCCAGGCGGGAGAAGGAGUUUGUUAAACAGUAUGCUUUGCAGCUUAAAGAGGAGAAAGCCAAACAGAAGGAGGAAAAGAGGAAAAGAAGAGAAGAAAACUUGAAACGCCGGGAAGAGAACGAACGCAAAGCAGAGAUUGUUCAAGUGAUCCGGAACACGGCAAAGAUCAAGAGGAUGAAGAAGAAACAACUCAGAAAGAUCGAGAAGCGGGACACCCUGGCUCUGCUGCAGAAGUCACAGAAGCAGAAUGUCAAAACCAAAGCACAGAAAAACGUUCAACAAGAUUUAACCUAAAGGCUGUCGGACAGUAAAUUCUAUCUGUUGCAUACUGUUGCCUACAUGUCCUGUCUUUGGAUGUGUUUGAGAGGAUCACUCAAGUUUUUAUGAGGAUUUAUAUACACAUUAACAUAAAACCUUGCUUUGUGAAAAAGUGUAGUUAAAUUAAACAUAUUAUAAUAAAUGUUACAUGUGGCUCACUUAAGGCAGGAUGGUGCUGAGGUGAUUAUAUCAUCUGAUGAGUACAAGAAAUAGAGCUGCUCUCUGAAAAUCACAUCAUCCGAUGUCUUCGUAUUAACAGUUUAAUGAAAUGUGUUGGCACAUGCUGGAUUUGUAAACUGCAAAAUUCUCACAAUAAAAAAAAAUAAAAAUAAAAAUUGUAGUGCCAGUA